AGUUGGGAGACACCAAAACGCGAACCCUAUCAUCGCCUCAUCGAUCAAUAGAAAUAGUGAGUGAGGGAAGGAAACGACCGACAUGCGGUCUCCUUUCCCUCUUUGUCUCUCUCUCCUCCUUUCCUCCUUCCCUCUCUAGGGUUUCUCGAUCGGUGCCCAAGUGGUAGCGUCGCCGGCCGCCAUAGCCUGCAGCGGGGUCUCGGUGUCUGUCGCGGUCAAUCGCACCCGUCCCCCCCUCGGCUCCAAUCUCAAGGCGAUUCGUUGGAGGGUUUGAUAAUGGACGAGACUGCAAAGAUGGAGAGCCAUCUAUCAUCAGCUGCGGCUUUUGUGGAAGGAGGAAUUCAGGAUGCUUGUGAUGAUGCAUGCAGCAUCUGUCUGGAAGCCUUCUGUGAAAGUGAUCCUUCGACGGUAUGCUGUUAUGUAUAAAUAUGUUACUGGUUGCAAGCAUGAGUUCCAUCUACAGUGCAUUCUUGAAUGGUGCCAGAGAAGCUCUCAGUGUCCUAUGUGUUGGCAGUCAAUCAGUUUGAAGGAUUCCACCAGCCAAGAACUAUUGGAGGCUGUAGAGCGGGAAAGGAACAUUAGACUUAACCAUGCACGGACUACCACCAUUUUUCAUCAUCCAGCACUUGGUGAUUUCGAAUUGCAGCAUGUUGGUAGUUCCAUAAUGUUGCCAGUUGGUGGAAGUGAUGCUGAACUCGAAGAGCGUAUUAUUCAGCACUUAGCUGCUGCUGCUGCCAUGGGAAGAGCUCACCACAUUGCUAGAAGAGAAGGACGGGUCAGAUCAGGUUCUCAUGGUCGCCCACAGUAUCUGGUUUUCUCUACAAAUUCAAACACCCCUUCUGUGGGCUCGGUAUCUGCCUCAUCUGCUCCAAUAGGAGAAAAUGAAUUAGCUCCUGCAAUAAUUGCUGCUGAUUCAUCAGCUACUAUAACUACUCCAGGAGAGGAACCUGCUGAAGUGACAAAUGUUAGCCCAGCUCAUGCUAGCCAGGUUCCUUUCUUGACGCCAGGUAGCAGCAGUAAUCCACAAAGGUCCAGUAUAUCUAGUCCCAGGACACCUGCACAAUCAUCUCCGGUUAGCCAAGAACCAGGACCAUCAGACUUCCAAUCCUUCUCAGAGACUCUGAAAUCUCGCCUUAAUGCUGUGUCAAUGAGGUACAAGGAAUCUAUUGCUAAGAGCACCCGAGGAUGGAGGGAGCGGCUGUUUUCACGUAAUAGUACUGUGGCAGAUAUUGGUUCUGAAGUCAGGAGAGAAGUUAAUGCUGGAAUUGCUACUGUGUCACGGAUGAUGGAACGCUUGGACACGAGGGAAACUAGAAGAAUGUCUGGUGUGUCUGCUCCACCAAGUGAUGAAGUGCACUCAGUUAUGGAACCAACUAACGAGGGUGUUACUGCCAAUCAUGCUAACACUCAUCCAAACAAUAGUACUACGCCAUCUUCUUGCAUUGCAAGUUCAGGUCCCAAUUAAGUUAUGUCACAAUUUCUGAUGGUCGAACAUGCUGCAGUUCCAAAAUUAAAGGCCGUCAAAAGUACACUGUGGAAGCUACAGGUGCUAUGCUUGGGAAGGUCCUAGCAUUUGUUAGAAAGUAGGACAAGAGCAUAAAGGAGACCACUUCAAAAUCUAUUUGGAUUUGAUAUGUUUGCUAUCAGCUGUGUAAAGCUGCUGUUGAUAGAGAAACUCUUUGACAGUAAUAAUGUGUACAAUACUCUAGGCGCAAGGUUAUGAUGCAGUAUUCUGACAAAAACCAAGCUUUUCUAUGUUUGGAUGUAAUAGCCUUGUUGAUGAUCUGCUGAAUCAAACUACUAGAUUGUCUUGCAGUUUUACUAA